AUGAUCGUCAACGGUGCGUUGGUUAGAAUUGCGACAUCGUACAACCGCCGUCGAUAUCACGGUGUCGCCAGUCUCCCGAGCGAUUUGUUCGACAGCAGUACGUUGAAUUUGGUGGUCGUCUUUAACGGCUGUCGCUUUCCUGUUGGAAAUUGGAGAUCAACAGGCCUUCGUCGUGUCGAAUUGCUGCAGCCGACGCCAGCUGGCUUCGUCCCACCGCGGCAGGUUUCUUCGGAACGGCGGAAAUCCUUCUCAAUUUUGCCACUGAUUGAGCUUUACGUACAGCACUCGCAGGAAGCGACGGAAGGCGUUGAGGAUAGCCCUGGCCUUCGCAUCACUAACGUCAGCCACGCGUGA